GUUGUUAUUUUUCUUUUAGUUUUACAAAGACACUUUGAUUAAAGUCCUUCGUCUAUACUCCAUCACCAUGUGCAUCCUCCAGUUAUCCCGCCAUAUCUCUCCCUGCAACACCAAUAGUAGAAUUUACUCACUUUUUCCGUACAAAAAUUAUUAAUCCUUCUGCCACACGCAAUCUCUCUCAGUAAUUCAGAUUUGAGUAGAGUUUCUUUCAGCCGUUUCAUUGUUCGUUCCCUUUCGACAUUUCUAUACAUCCGCUUCUCGAGUAAAAUCGACACCUAAGCCCGAUUGUUUGGAGGUUUUGAUGGAGUUGUUACAGAGCCCAAGGAGUUGAGAUCUGUUCGUCCAUUGUUUAAUUCGGUGUAUGUUCAACAGAAUGAAGAUAAUCGUUAUAUGAUUCUAUCCUACACUGAUUCUGUUAAAGUUCUGUGUAUUUACUCGUUCCUUUUGUUAGAUUUCAUGCAGAUGUGGAAGGUUUUGUAGGUUUUGAGACUUGAGAGAAAACGGAGACGAUGAACAAGUUCAGUUUCAUUGCAGUAUUCUUGUUUGGGGCUAUUUUCUCUCUAGUUACAACUGAACCUACAGAAGAUAAGAAGAUCUUACUCGAUUUCAUCCAAAAAAUUCCGCAUUCUUCUGCGAUUAACUGGCGAAUGAAUUCUUUGGCUUGUAGUAACUGGACUGGGGUGACAUGCGAUCAUCAACGUUCAUCGAUAAUAGCUCUUCGUUUGCCUGCGCUUAGUUUUCAUGGCUCUAUACCUCCGAACACUCUCAGCCGACUAUCAAAUCUUCAGAUCUUGAGCUUAAGAUCCAAUGGAUUAUCAGGUCCUUUUCCAUCUGAUUUCUCCAAUCUGAAAAACUUAACAUCUCUACAUCUUCAAUGCAAUAACUUAUCUGGUCCAUUGCCUUCGAAUUUAUCCGUCUGGAACAAUCUCUCUGUUCUUAAUCUCUCCCACAAUGGUUUUACUGGAAGCAUUUCUCCUUCCAUUUCAAGUCUGACUCACCUCACAGUUUUGAGUCUCGCUAACAACUCACUUUCCGGUGAAAUCCCCGAUUUCUGUAUCUCGAGUUUACAAAUUAUAGAUUUGUCCAACAAUUUUUUCACUGGAACCGUGCCUCGAUCUCUCGGAAGAUUUCCUAGGUCGGCUUUUCUCGGAAACAACCUGGCACCAAACUCUGGUUCCUUAUCGCUUCCUGCUCUUUCUCCUCAAAAGAAACCCUCAAAACUGAGUGAAUCUGCAAUCCUUGGGAUCGUAAUUGGGUGUUCCGUGUUAGUGCUGGGAUUACUUGCUUUGCUAUUGGUGGUUUGGCAUUUGAAGACAGAAGCUAAAAAUCAGGAUUUGCAGAGAAGAGAUAAGAAUCAAAAGGGCAUGGAGAAUUUGCGAUCGAGAAGCCUUGGAAAUGGAAACGGAAACGGGAACCUGGUUUUCUUUGAGGGAAGUAACCUGGCGUUCAACUUGGAGGAUCUUUUUAGGGCUUCUGCAGAGGUUCUGGGGAAGGGUACUUUCGGUACAACUUAUAAAGCAGCAUUGGAGGAUUCAAAUGCAGUUGUGGUGAAGAGAUUAAAAGACGUGUAUGUAACAAAACGGGAAUUUGAGCAACAAAUGGAGGUUGUUGGAAGCAUACGACAUGAGAAUGUGGUUCCUUUAAGAGCUUAUUACUACUCCAAAGAUGAAAAGUUAAUGGUGUAUGACUACUUCAAUGAAGGGAGCGUUUCCUCGAUGUUACAUGCAAAAAUAGGAAAUAAUAGGAAUCCUUUAGAUUGGGAAAGCCGAUUAAAAAUAGCAGCGGGAGUAGCAAAAGGAAUAACUCACAUCCACACACAAUCCGGAGGAAAGCUUGUUCAUGGAAACAUAAAAUCCUCCAACACCUUCCUCAACCGCCACCGCCACGGUUGUAUCUCUGAAAUGGGCCUGGCGGGAGUGACGACUCCGGCGGCGGUGAGGGGCGGUGGCUACCAAGCACCGGAAACAAUGGCCGCCAAGAAAAUCUACCAAGCAUCAGACGUCUACUCUUUUGGGGUUUUACUACUUGAGCUUCUCACCGGAAAGUCACCGGCUAAUGCAACGUGUGGGAAUGAGGUGGUGCACUUGGUGAGAUGGGUGCACUCAGUGGUUCAGGAGGAAUGGACAGCUGAGGUUUUUGAUGUGGAGCUUUUGAAGUACCCCAAUAUAGAAGAGGAGAUGGUUGAGAUGUUGCAGAUAGCCAUGCAAUGUGUUGGGAAGUCGCCGGAGCAGAGGCCGAAAAUGGCGGAGGUCGUGAAAUUGGUGGAGAACAUUCGAAUCACUGGUGCAUCUAGCAUAAUAUAACAACAGUUCACAAUCGAAAUUUAUAUCAAUAAGAAAUUUGGUGCAUAACAUGUUACGAGGCGUUUUGUUUUUAUAUGUGGAAUGUAAUAUGUUAUAGGAAUCAUAAUAUGUUACAUGUUUGGUUGAGCAUUCAAUCUAAACAAUUAUACACGAUUGCUCUUUUUUGACUUAAUCUGGACAUAAUGACUUAAUGGGUUAAGCAAAAUAACAUGGUACACUAACCUUUUAUCUAUUUUCCCUUUUUUUCUUUUUUUCCCUCCCAGCUUUUUCCAUGAUAACAGUG